ACACUGAUGCAAAGUCACUUCCUCUCCUUAAGUCAUGUCCAUCCAGUAUUUCAUUCAAACUGAACCCACACAUAUCUAACAGAGGACAGUACCCGGACUGUGAGCGCAGAAAGCGCAAACAGGAUGGAUGCGGCUUCAUAUGCAUGAAGUGUGCCAAAGAGUUCAGAUAAGAUUUAGAUAACGUACAUCAGCCUAGAACAGGAAAUCCGAAGAAAGCCAGACAGUGACACAGAAACCUGCACCCAUGAAGCUUUGCACCUGCUAUGCUCCCUUGCUGAAUGAGAAGCAGGGAAAUGGCGAGCCCAUCAUCCCAGGUGAAGCGUCGAGCCUGGAUUCGGAGCAGCAGACAUUGGCCCACCUUGGAGGAACUGAACCCUGAGGAGGCGCCUUGCAACCUUGCAUCUGUUUCUGUAGCAGAUGACGAUGUAUUUUCAGAUGGAUGCUUCACAGGAAAGAUUGAGAACUGGCUCCUGGGCUGUGGAUUGGAGACCUGCUCUGAGAACUCUGGUCAGCGUAAUGUUGAGGCUUUGUUUAAAGCCAGCUGCAGUCUCGAUGAUGACAUCAGUCUUGGUGCUGAUGCCUCAGCAUUACACAGUGGAGACAUUACAUCGAAAGUCGGAAGUCAUCAGGAACUAUGCCUGCCUUCACUCAACAUGGGUCAUAGCAUGACCUCCAGCUGCCUCUCUGCCUCCACCUGCAAAACUACAUCAAAUGUGUCUGAGAUCCUGCAGUUUUGUUCAGAGGAUGCAGAAGAGACUUUGUAUCACUUGGGCUUUGGCAGCGAUGAGCCACAGGUCACUGUACGCAUCCCACCACGCUUCUUCACCUUCCCCUCCCAGGCACAGGGCAUCAACUUCCGCCUCUUUCUGGACUCACAGAUACGGAGGAUACGAGAGGAGGACCCCAGCCUCUCUCUUGCCAGUCGAUUCAGACAAGUGCAGGUGCUCACAGCAAUGGCCAACGCUUUCUACUCCCUCUACUCCCAUGUGUCUCGCACCCCUCUCCAGAAGCUGGACACACCACAGUUUACCUUCUCGUCCUCUCCGGUGGAGAGGUUUGAACGCUUCAGGAGCACCAUUCGCAGUGAACCACGUUCUCCAGUGGACAGGCUGAAGGACACCGUCUCCAAGAUGUGUCUCUACACAGGUUCUCCUCGUGGGUCAGACUCUACCUCUCCACAGUGCUCUCCCAGGAGAAGGUGUAGCCUCCCUGAUGUUGUGGAGACAGUCAUGAAGAAAGUCAGGGCAGAUGUUUCCAAGAGGCUGGAUGUAGAGGAAUGUAAUCGGAGCACUUCAGAUGUUAAGUUUAUCAGGGAUGGUGAUAAUCCCUCUCUGAUAUGGGAACAGCAGCCACAGCAGACUACGGUGGACAUCAAUAUCCCUCAGAACAGAAACAAAAUAUGCCUUGAGAAGGUGCAGGACAACAAACAAACGCGUUAUGAUGAUGCUGGUGAAAACAGAGCCGAACUAGUUGACCUUGACAGUCUUUCUCACAAUGUGAGAACAUCUCCAGCAUCAUUAUUGGGUGAAGCUUUGCUAGAAACACAUCACCAGUCACUUCCACUGUUAGACGUAGAGUGUUGUUUGAAUCAAAACGGCACAAAGUCAACUGCUCUGAAACCUGUUGCCAAGGUUACAUAUGAGAUAAUCUGUCCAAAGAUAACGGAGAGCGUACAGCAUGUGCCUUUUUGUUGUCAGCAGACACGUGAACCAAGCCGUUUAUCGGCUAUCUUCUCAGAGAGACAAACCAGCGCAGAGAGAUCGUGUCCUAGAUCGGAGAGACCCCAAAUGCAAUCUCAGACUGUGAGUUCUCUCUCAGGCGCUGACAAGGACUCGUCCAGAAGUCCUGCUAAUGAUAUCAUUUCAAGUGACUCUUCAAGGUCACUCACCGUUAUGCUUCCUGAUGGUGGCCACGCCCAUUACUGCAUCACCGUGACCGGCUCAGAGAAGUACGAGGCCUUUCCGUGUUCCCUGAACUCCUCAACUGUCCAGACUUGUGAGGAAUCAUUGAGCAAAGGUCCGUUUUUGAACCCACUGACCCACCAGGACCUCAGGAACACAUCUCUACAACAGGUUAACUCCUUUGAGCUGGAGGAGGUGCACAGUGCUGGAGAGGAAGAUUUUGGGAAGUCAGAAGGUAUAAAUUCAACGUCGCUCGGUCCCAGCAACCUUAAGUACAAAGGCACAGUGGUCCGAGGUGACAGCAUGCAGUCAGACAGCAGCGGAUACGCAGAUGAAGAAGUCAACCCCUAUUCAGACACACAAAGCAGAUGACACAAAUCAAAGAAAUCCUUGUCAACAAUGGUCAAAGAUGCCCCCCCACACACACACCCACCCACGGGGCAUAAGGGUUAAGUUCACUAAAACAAAAGAUGCACGAUAGUUUCUCCAAUUUCAUCCCCAGAAACCUGUGGUAACUUCAUCGUUGUCAGGGGUGUCUUGGAGGCUUCCCUCACUCAUCUCCUUGCAUGGUUCAUCAGUUUAGACAACUUCAUACUGCAGACAGAUUCAUCACACAGUAGCAUUUCUUAAUGCUUGAUGUAAAUUAAGACUUCUUAAAUGUUAUACAUCCCGACUUGUCAAAAGAAUACUUGCUGUAAAAGUGAUGAUUGGUUGUACUAACAGGGGCACACAUGCAUACAAUUAUGCAAUGCAGUUAUUUUGGCCCUGAUAUUUGUAUUCAUGUUAUGUUGUAGAGAUUUGUUUUCAUUGUGGGUUUAAUGUUAGAAAUUCUAAUCUAAAGAAGCCUGUAUUAUUAUAAAAAAACAAACAAAAAAAAACAAAUAAAAAAAAAAGUAAAUGCCCACAGCAGUUUACAACCGUAGUCAUGG